AUGUCGGACCACACCCUGCGGCCUGCAUUGAAAGGUCCUGCCAUUGCUUCACUUAAACCUGCGAAAAACAAUAACACCGUGUAUACCGGCACCCUCGAGCGCGGCAACAACGAUAUCGGGGCCCUGUCAGACUGCCUUCGUACCGCUUGGGCUUGCCUCGGCGGUGCAGCCGUAGACUGGGCAGGCUUCAUAUCAGGCUACUGCGCCAUACAGGACAAGCGGUCCCUCAGCAUGCUGCGUGGUGGCCUGCCCCUCUACCAGUGGGACCACCGCCGCGAGUUCUGGGCCAAGCCUCGCAUCGGUAGGCUCUUUUGCACGCAGCAGCAUCGAGUGCACGAGCUGCUGGCCAAGAGACGCCCUGACGGUACGGCCGAGGCCGUCCGAUAG